CUCAUCCUCGCUCCCCCCGUUUUCUCUAUACCCGAAUUGUCGCGAUAACGGAGAGCCUUCCUUCCCCCGGAAGGCAGUUAAUAUCCAGGCGUCAUGGCGGAGAUCCGGUCCAAGAACGUCUACGAGCUUCUUGGCAAUGACCCUGAACUCGACCCCAACAGAGCCCCCGAGCCUCCCACAAAGGCUCUAGACAAGCCCGCACCGCGCGUGGGCAAGCGUGACGCUCCCAAGGAGCGCUCCCAGGGCAACGAAGCCGCUUACCGUGACCGUAACGCUGGCCGCCGCAACAAUGUCGACCGUCCCGUUGACGAGGGCAACAACCCUGAGAGACGUGGAUUCAACGCCCGUGGUGACCGUGGUGGACGCUCUCGCAACGACCGUCAGAACCGCAGCGGUGUGACCGACUCCCGCAAGCAGAUCAACCAGGGCUGGGGUGGCGAGACCGGCGACAAGGAACUCGACGACGAGAAGGCCGGCCAGAAGAUCGCCCAGACCGACGAGAACGAGCCCCAGACUCCCGCCGCCGAGGAGUCCGAGGAUCCCGCCGACAAGGCCAAGUCCUUCGCCGACUACCUGGCCGAGAAGGCUGCCGCUGGUGACCUGAGCGCCAAGCCCGUCCGCGCCGCCAACGAGGGCACCAAGCCCGACGGCAAGUGGGCCCAGGCCAAGGAGAUCAAGCGUGGCGAAGAAGAAGAGGAGUACAUCAAGGGCAAGGACGACAAGAGCAACAAGGGCCCCAAGCAGCGCAAGGAGAAGAACUACCUCGACGUUGACCUGCGCUUUGUCGAGGCUCCCCGCAGCUCCGGCGAGCGUGGCGGUCCCCGUGGCCGUGGUGGCCGUGGCGGCCGUGGCACCGGCCGUGGUGGCCGUGGUAACGGUCCUCGCGGCGGCGGCGAGCGCACCACCGGUCCCACCCCCGUUACCGUUGACGAGAAGAACUUCCCCAGCCUUGGUGCUUAAAUUAGCCCCCUCUGAUCGAAAAGGCAAUUGCUAUGGUUUACCAAAUGGGCAUGUGGUCAAAAAACGGAUAACACACAAAAAAAGCAUGCAAGAUUGAUGAUGAUGGGAUCUUGAUUAUCAUCAAAGCCUCUCUUAUCAUAUCAUAUCAGAAGUUUAAAUUGACUUGAAGCUU